AUGAGUGGCGAGUGCAUUAGAAAGCUUGGAAAAAAGAGCAUAGUUGCUGAUUAUGAGAAGAUUGUUAAUGAGUAUGAAAUGUACAGAAAGUUCCAUAUUGACAACCUUGCGUAUGUGGAUGAGAACAUGCUGAUGGUGUAUGAGUGUGCUUUUUUCUUCCACUGUACAGGAAUCAAGUAUAGCAAUGAUUCUGAAAUGAAGAUCAAUCAAAAGAUUUACAAGGCAGCACUUAAUGAGAUUAAGCAGAAGUAUGUUCGUAACAAGAUAGAUGUGUAUCCCGAGAUUAAGGAAGAUGAUGGCAUUGUCUGCAACCUUUAUUCUAUUUGUAGAUAG